UCCGCCACCGCAGGAGAAGGAUGUGAAUUUUCGACAUUUCUCAAGUUUUGCCUCUGAGAGAAGGAAAGAAAGCGGCGGCCGGACUCAGCUCGACCCGCCGGGCUCUACAUCCCGAUCGAAAACAGAUCGCUUCGUUUUAAUGAGUUGAUUUCCACAUUUGCGUUCACGACCAGUCCGUUUAGCUACUGACGAUCAGUCCAGUGAGCUGCACACAGACGCACACAGUCAUGAUGGAGUCUAUCUUAGACAGUUUAGCAGCAGAGAAACUCUAUCCGUCCGGAGGGACCAACCUGUUGGACCUGGAGGAACUCAGCGACGGAGAUUUCCUCACUAACGUGCCUUUCUCAGGUGACCAGAUGGACGACUUCAGCAGUGAAUUGUUCAACAGUUUCUUUGACGACCAUCUAUUAGAGCGACCCCUGCUGGCAGACAGACCUUCACUUUUACACAUGGACAUAGACAGCAGCCCAGAUAUUCAAGCAGAGCACAGCUACUCUCUGAGUGAAGACUCCGCUCCCCAGAGCCCAGCCCUGUCAGUCAAAAUGGACCAAGAGUCUGAGUUUGAAUGGAGCUUCAGUCAGGACCUGUCAGCCAUCCUGGUGAAACAGGAAGAACCUGAUGUGGGUCAAAGGUUAGAUCCUCAGCCGAUGGAAGGCCCACCGCUCAUAUUAAGUCCUGCACCCCCACACAGAGGAUCAGCUUGGAAACACACGGAGCGCAGUCAAGAUGAUAUGAAGCCAGUGGCUAUAAAAGAUGAACCCAGAGAGCUUGGACAGUAUCUCAGCCUGCCCAGUGACGAUGCUCUCCAGCUCCCGCCCACCCCUCCCAGCAGUAACCACGGCGACAGUGACGGUUCCCUCCCUCCCUCCUCCCCACACCUCCCUCUGCCCCCGUCUUCCCCUCAACCACAACAGAGGCCAGGGGGUCGUGCCUCUUCCUCAUCCUCCUCCUCUUCCUCAGCCAUCUCCUCUUCACCUCUCCUCACUGCGCCACAUAAGCUGCAGGGUUCAGGACCCCUCAUGCUGACAGAGGAAGAGAAGAGGACCCUGGUUGCUGAGGGUUACCCAGUACCCAACAAACUCCCUCUCACCAAGAGUGAAGAGAAGGCACUGAAGAGAGUCCGACGGAAGAUUAAAAAUAAGAUCUCAGCUCAGGAGAGUCGGAGGAAGAAGAAAGAGUAUGUGGAAUGUCUGGAGAAAAAGGUGGAGAGCUACACGUCAGAAAACAGCGACCUGUGGAGAAAAGUAGAAAACCUGGAGACUGCCAAUAGGUCUCUCCUACAGCAGCUCCAGAAGCUUCAGUCACUGAUUUCAGGGAAAGUUGUUCCCCGCUCUUGUAAAAUGGCCUCAACUCAAACAGGGACGUGCCUCAUGAUGAUGGCCUUGUGUUUUGUCCUGGUGUUGGGCUCCUUCUCCCCCUGCCUCUCUCCCCUCUCCUUCCUCACUCACACCUCCUCUUUGUCCUCCUCCUCCUCCUCCUCUUCCUCUCACCCCUCUUCCUCUCCUCCUCUUCCGUCAGCGGACCUCUACACCACCAGUCAGGUCCGCUCCCGCAGCCUGCUCUUCUACAAUGAAGGGGCUCCGCUGGAGGAGAGUUUAGCGACAUCAGAAGGGGAGAGGCUACAGACAGAAGCCCACUCCCGCAUCCAGACGAGCCGAUACACAGCUGACGCCCACAGCAACCAGACAACUGGGCCCAAGUUAGACCGGAGAGAAACAAAACCAGACAAAGAGUUUUUCUGACAGACAACAUGACCCCUCCUCCCAUGACUUCUCACCUCUGACCCCUAAAAAGCCCAAAAUUAUUCAACGGGCUUCACACCAACAUCCAGCUGGACCAAAACCUGCCUCUGUCUACCUUACUCUGUUAGCACGUCCAUCAUCUCUUACUCUGCUUCAAGACUUCAGCCGGUGUCCUGCUCGUGCUUGUGCACCUCUCUCCUUUAACAGAGUCUGAUACACCUGAAUAUACUUGAUUUUAAAGAGACCUUAUUUUUGGAGUUUCCAUUUUCAUGCAUUGAAAUAUAGAAUAAUUUUAAAAGCAGAACUAAUUCAUUCAUAUUCAGUUCAGAUACAUGACAUUAAAACCAUUGGUUCUUAAUUAAAGAGCCUUCAGACAGCAUACAGUAACGUACAGACACAGUUUGUAGCAUUUUAAUAAAAAAAACUUUAUCACAACAAAGAGCCACUUAAGUUUUGAUCAUGUAAAAAUAGUCAUGAUGGACCUAAAACAGUUAUCCACUCUCUCCAUGUAUCAAAGAGCUUUAUGGGAAAUGUGGUCUUAAUGCUGAGUGACACACAGACUGAUGUACUUUGCACCUUUAUACCUACAUACUCAUAUAUGGAGACUAGACAGACCUCCACUGUGGGAUUCUGGUUUCAGUCUUUAAUCAGUCACAUACCAUAUGUUAAUCAAGGGCUGGAACAAAUGAUUAUCGUGAUUAUCGAUUCAUCUAUCGGCUGUUCUUUUGAUUAAUCAAUUAAUCACUUAGUCCAGAAAGUGUCAGGUAAUAGUGAAACAAGGCCUGUCUCAGUUUCCAAGAGGCCAAAGUGACGUCUUUCGAAUGUCUUAUAAGUCUACAAGUCUAAUCAAAUUUAUUAAUUUUCUAUUAUCAGCUAAACAAAUUAGCUCUUCAGCUCAGUGUUUCUACAAACACUUUACCAGAGAUGCGAGUGUGUUGAGAACAAACACAUCCUGUGCCAUUUUCAAAGUGCCUUCCACCUGCUUCAGUCAGAUGUGACUAACUUGGCCUUACACCUAACGCCCACACGUACAAUUAUAAACCUGGAAAUGUAACUCUAACUAGAUUACACACUGUUUAAAUCAGAGCUGGCCUCGGCCUUUUGAGGCUGAGAUUUUGCUAAUUUCCCUGUUUCAUGUUUCUUUUAACUGAUUAUGAACCGAAUGAAUGUUUAGGAUUUAUCUACACUUUUUAUUUCACAUGUCUGUGCAUCUGUUUGGCAGCGUAGCAGUAAACGCCUUGUGGUAAAUUUACCUUUCCUGUGAGCCAGCCUUGGUUUGAACAGUAAAAAUGUGAUGGGUCUUCAGUUAGAGUUACAACUAAAUAUGUAAUGUAUUUUUAUUUUUCCCUUUUUUUAAACCUGUCUCUUAAAACUAGUUUUUCACUUCUAAAUUCUGACCACAACUCUGUAUUAUUUUUGGGCAAGAAACCAUAUUUUCAUAUCAAGGGACUGUUCUGGGUUCUCACAGAGGCUGGGAAACAUGACAUAAAAGUAUUUUUAUGGAAUUAUAAAACUAUAUAUGUAAUAUAUUUGCAGCAUCAAAAAAGAGCAUAUUUAAUUUAUGCAACAAAAAAAGAAAUACUGAACUUGUUUUUAAGGUUAGUUUAACUCAUUGUCUCAUUUUUCUAAAUAAUGUUUACAAAAAAACAAAAAUACAACUUAUAAUAUAUUCUGAGCAUCAAAAAAGGGCAUAUUUAUUUUAUGCAAAAAAAAAAAAGGAAUUGUAUGUUGUGUUUUGGCAUUUAGGAUGAUGUGAAGUUUUACAUGAGGGUGUGUAGUUUACAUGGUUUGUAAAACUUUGACAUGAUCUGUUUGUGUCUUUUAACUGUAAUACAGUGUUUAUGUUUCACUGCUGUCGCAUGAAAACCUCCGAGGGCUUUUUUGUUCCCUCAUGACUUAAAAAUGUGCAAUUGAACCUUUUAAAAAAUCUCAUUUUUACCCUCAAGUUCCUGACCCAACAAGCCAAAGACAUUUAAGACAGACUCCAAUUGACAAUAACAUUUAAUAUAAAUAUUUCUGUGCUAUAAAUACAUCCUGUAACCUCUAAGCAGCAGAGGAAACGUCUAAAACAUCAAUGAUAAAUGUGCUCAUGCGACAGCAGUGCAUGUUGUAUUUAUUCCUGUUUGUAGAAAGUGUGUAUAUAUUGAUGAAGCCAAUCAGGGGACAAAAAAAAACAUUCUAGGAAGUAAAACACCACUAGCUUUGUUCUCUCCAUGGUUUGAAGGAACGCCAGGACAUUAAAAAAAAAAAAAAAGCUUUUAUUUCUUCACCACUAUUCUGACAAUGUGAGAAACAUGAUGCUCUCCAAAAAAUGUCAUGGCAUUCCUUCAAAUUAAAAGUUAUAAAAACAGAUGUUUCACUGUCCCAGACCAACUCCUUGAGGAAAUCAUGACAAAUUCUGACUAUAAAACAUCCAGAAACAUGAUUUUGAAUUCCACAACAUUACAGUUAACUAAGAUGUUCUGUUUUCUUCUGUGUACUCAUUUCUUUUCGUGUCCCUGUUGCUAAGCGUACACAAAAACAUCCCAUGACUGCAGCCCGUUGCACAACCAUCCUAUCAUUCUCACCCUCAACAGUCUUAAUGCACCAGUGUACAUAAAUAAUGACAACUUAAUGUGCAGAUGUUGUAAAUAAAGGGCCUCGUUUUUGUAUUGUGACAUAGUCCAAGAUUUUAACCUGUGGAAUUAAAUGGGAAAGGGAAAAAAUAGGAGAAAAUCUGUGGAUUUUGGGGGAAGAAAGUGGGGAGGGAUAAAAAAAAAAACAGGGAGGGUGACUUUUUCCACUUGUAAAGAAACCUGGACGACAGAGUAGCUUCACACAGUUUGAAUAGUUGUAAAACACCAGGAGGUGCUUGAUUAUUCUAACCAUGAAUAUUUGGAGAAUGUCCCGAGAGAAUAAUCCAGCACUUUCCGAGGAGUUCAGUUGUUUGAAAUGUGUUUGGAUAUAAUGUUGUCUUGGUUUGUUGUAUAGCGUCUUGCAUGUUCCUCCAUAUAUAACUAUGUUAUCUUAGUGUAGUCAGUAGAGUAGAAACCAGCAAAAUAUUAAAAAACUGCAUCAGCAA